CGGACGUCAUUUCCGCGCGCCACCAUUACGCCGGUGUGGGGCUCAGACCGCAGACAGUGUUAGUGUCAUCUGUUCCUAAAGUUCGGUCUUGCUUGUCCCUUGCGAAGCAUGGAGAGUGACUUUUACCUACGUUACUACGUGGGUCACAAAGGCAAGUUCGGUCAUGAGUUCCUGGAGUUUGAAUUCCGACCUGACGGUAAAUUGCGUUAUGCCAACAACAGCAAUUACAAAAAUGAUGUCAUGAUCAGGAAAGAGGCUUAUGUACAUAAGAGUGUGAUGGAAGAAUUAAAGAGAAUUAUUGACGACAGUGAAAUCACCAAAGAAGAUGACGCUCUAUGGCCCCCUCCUGAUCGAGUGGGCCGGCAGGAACUCGAAAUUGUCAUUGGAGAUGAGCACAUUUCUUUUACAACAUCAAAAAUUGGUUCCCUUAUUGAUGUCAACCAGUCCAAGGAUCCAGAAGGCUUGCGAGUGUUUUAUUAUCUUGUCCAGGACCUGAAGUGUUUAGUCUUCAGUCUUAUUGGAUUACACUUCAAGAUCAAGCCAAUCUAGAUUGGAUAUUGUGGACACAAGGCGGGUGGGAGUUUUUAGUUACCGGAAUUAGGAAUUUUCUGUAUAUUGGGGCAAUUUUUAUAAACAAUAAAUGAAGGUCUUUAAUAAAUGUGGUAACAUCUUUUUUGUUAUUUUUCUAAA